GGAAAGAGAUAGUGGAGAGUGAGAGAAGAAGAGGGGUGUGCGUCUUGUGAGAGGGAAGCAUUUGUGAAACCACUCUUUGAAGGGGCAGUCCACACUCUGUUGCUCUCACGACCAAAAGGCAUGUUAGUGUGCGAAAGCUAACCAGCUAACAGCACUGCACAGGACUGGACCAGAGUGAGAUCAGAGGAGAGAAAUCAAGAGCGACAUGAACGACAUCAAACUGGCCCUGCUGGGCAGUGAGGGCGCUGGGAAAUCAGCUGUCCUGGUGCGGUUUCUGACCAAGCGCUUCAUCGGGGAGUACGCCUCCAACACUAAUUCACUGUAUCGUAAAAGACUAUCCAUUGACGGUAGACAGCUGAAUCUGGAGGUGUUUGACCCAUGCUCUCAGGGAACUGAGGCUAGGUGUAUACUGGAGGAGCCGGUGGACUGGGCUGAUGGCUUUGUGGUGGUGUACAACAUCAGCGACCGAACAUCCUUCAUCAAUGCUGAAAACAUUCUGCAGCAGAUCAGAGAGACACGGAUUGAGAACUGCAAAGGGGAGGUGGAGGUGCCAGUCUGUCUUGUGGGCAACAAGCAGGACCUGUGCCACGCCCGGCAGGUUUGUGAGGAGGAGGGCCGCUCGCUGGCGCAGGAGAACCGCUGCCUUUUCCAGGAGGUGUCGGCGGCCGAGAGCUACCAGGAGAUCGCCAACCUCUUCACCCAGCUCAUCAGACAAGUGAUGGAGCACCUCAAGUACCGUGCCGACCGACGCCGCUACAGCAGCUCCAAGUCCAUGGCCAAGCUCAUCAACAACAUGUUUGGCAAGAGGAGGAAGUCUGUGUGAUAUCCCCAGAAAGACUGGCCGGGAUUGGCUGAGAGAGACAGAAUGGCCUACCUAGGACUACAGUUGGACUCCAAUCGUAAGGAUAAUGGUGAAGAGGAUUCCCCUAUAAACCCCCCUUUAAAGGCUCAGGGUAGCGGUUUUGAUCUUUGAUCUCCAUAGCUUCUUCACACUGUAUCAAAUAAUUUCUGGGUAACAAUAAAUUACUUACUUUAAUUGUUUUCAGUUACAAUGGUCCUCCAAAAA